AUGGAUUCAAAAACUGUCAAAUAUGGAGAGGUGCUCAGUCCAGGACCUGCAGAGGAGAAACAGACACACCUCAGUGUUCAGGUAUUCAAACUCCACAGCCCGUUAUUACCUGGCCUUCUGCCUUUGGCUGGUAAUAUUGUUUCAUCUUAAUCCAGCAGCGUCCGUCUGUCUGUCUGUACGCGCGCCCCCGGUGCUCUGUUGGCAGCAUCGGUGACGCGCGAGGUGAGGGCGCAGAUCCAGGAGGCGUCAGCGAGGCGAAGACCCGUCUCAUCUGCAGCGAGAGAGAGUCUGAGCGACGUGGACCGUCCGAGAGAGGAGGAGAGGUGAGUGCGCUCCUGUGCGCUCUUUUUGGAUACUUUGCGCUUUUACGCACAACUUUUCAAUAUUCCUUUAGCUAAUGCAGCAGCUUGUUAUGAUGUUUCUUUGACUGAAACCAAACUCAUUUAGAGUAAUACAGCAAUGAACCUGCAGAGGAUUCAGACUGAAUCCUGAUCUGUAUUUUCUCUCUUUUUUAAAUCAAAACUCACUUCCUGCACUUCAUGAUAGAAAUACAGGAUUAGUUUUGCUUUUUUUCACACCAUGCUCCUUUGCUCUCUUGCACACUGAUUGUGCAGAAAAACUUCUUCACUGACUGGAAACUCAGAGUAAUCCUCUCCAUAGUUCAGUGUUCCCAUCUCAGCUCUGCGCCAACACACUGAACUCUGCGUGCUUCCAUGAUCCGGAGGUUUAUAUAAUAGUUCUGGUUUCACUGCAGGUCAGUGGGGCAGCAGCGGCACUCCUUGACCUUUAACCUUCUAAUUCCACUUAAGUUUAAAAACCAAUACACGACUGCAUUUGUAAGAUUCUCAAAUGUAGUUUCUUUAAAGGUUGCUGUGAUGUUUCUAAGGUUAUUCGGGGUUGUAAAGACUUUUGUGCCAAGAACAUUUCUUCAUCUGUUUGAAUAAUUCUGUGGUCCUGACCUGCAGAUAUGAUAUCUGAAAGCUGACGUGCAGCCAAUGAGAAAACAUUCCUGUGAGUAUCAGUGACAUGUCCCUGCAGGAAACUGUCUGCAGUUCAUCCUUCAUCUGCAGCAGGACUCUGCAGCUCUCCAUCAGGCCUGUGCAGACUCUAAUCACCUCACAAAUCCAACAGUUAUUACCUUGAGUUGUUCCAUAAUUACCCUUAUAAUUAUGGGAGCGGUUUCAGUGGUUUUCCCACCUGUCGCUGUGAGGAAUGAAAUGAAGACUUAACUGUUUCUGUGAGAUAUAGGGAUGAAUUUCUGCAAAUAGAAUAGAAUAAAACUUAACACCUUCACUUUAUAUUCAGCUGACACAGCCCUCAGAGGACAGGUGCUACUUUCACUGUAAUUCUUGAGUGUGCAGCUGUCGGUUAGCUUCAUCAUGUACAGCCCACACAGCAACUUAAAGAAGUGGGGAGUCCCAGCUUCACUGUAAACAGUAGGUUACACAGAGGCUUCCCACUUAGGUACUUAAGCCAAAUUAAUCUGCUGAGUCGCCACUUUUUACUGUGAAAAAAGUGGCAAGGGUUACCCCCAGUUUUCCGAUCCGGAACUGCAGCGAUUUUUGCCGUACCAAUGGAAUCCUACCGAAUCCACUGGUGCGGCGACUUUCGUGGCGGAUUACGGACAGCAGUAAUCGUGACAACUCACAAGAACCCAGCAUGGACAGCAUGGUGAAAUGACGUCUAUUAACCUUUUACUUGUUCUUCUUCACACGUUUCAUGGUGUGAAAUACGAUCCUCCUGAAACACGGAGUGUUUUAUUUUGAAAAGAAGCCGUUUUAUUGUUUUAUUUUGUUUUUUUAUUUUGUUUUGUUUUUAUGUUUUAUUUUGUGUCCGGGCCCGACUUCCUUUCCAGCACGGGUUAAUCUGUAAUGAAUUUAUCCAGCAUGCUCCGGCGUCUGGAAAGAAAUAGAACUCUCGCGAUCAGCUGCAGAACAGCAAGAAGCCGGUGAAAAUUGACACGUUAACUUGAAUGGUUACGAUUAACUGCGAUCGGUGGAUACGGCCUUUUCGUAGCCGGUCCGGAUGCAGUGGAAAUUGGGGGUUAGGGUUAGGGUGACAGUGGCUUCACACUUGCUUACACUGCAGUGAUAUUAACCCAUUGAGUCUCAGUUUCACUGUUAAUUCUAUGCUACAGACAGGCUAUUUGUGGGAUUUUAUUCACAUGUUUUUGGUAAGUCUUAGUUUCACUGUUUCAAAGUCUUAGUUUCACAGAGUUUUAAGGAGGCUUCACUCAGGCUUGCUCUGUAAAAGUAUGAACCUGUUGAGUCUGGUUUUACUGUAAACAAUAGGUUACACAGAGGCUGCUGAGUCUCAGUUCUGCUGUAAAUAGAAAGUUAAGCAGAGGUGUCAGUCCGGCUUACUGUUCAUCAGAUUGGGAUGAGUCUCAGUUUCUCUGUAAAUAGUCAUAAAAUGAUCAUCGUGAUGACAAAUAGGGUUAUUUAAAUGCAUAAACAUUGUAAUUUCAAGGUUUUUGCACUUAAUUAUCCACAUAGCACUACCACAGCUGUCCUCUCCUGUCUGUCUUCAAACCUUAUAAGAAAAUAUCAGGGUUUUUUUUUACUUCAGAUCAUCUCAGGAAUUUUGGAGAUGAUGGAAGGAAAAGAUCAGGAGAGGGAACAUCUGCCGCUCCGUAUUUUGGAAGACGCUGUCUGGCUCCUGUCAGGCAUGCUGUUUUUACGUGUGUGAGGUCUGAGGUUCAGAUCACAGACUUUUGUUUGGGUGAAACCAUGACAACCAGGUCCAGAUGUGCAUAAAAGAACAAAAGAGUCACUGUGUUUGUCUGAAGGGGACACUGUGGUGUGUGCAGCUGUCCUAGUCAACAUUGGUCUGUGGAGCAGCAGCUCAGAUUAUAAUCCCCUUCCGUGACUACAGCUGAGGUUAUUUAUUCUGAGAGAGUAAACUUUGUCAAGUGAAGAGUUGAAUAAAGUUCUGAGGAUCUGGACUAACUCGUGGUCCUGAAGGCGUCUGUGUUUGUUGAGGAGUUUCAGCUCGUUGUGUAAUUUUGUGGCGUCCACCUGUAAUUAUACUAAACCAUGUUUGAGGGAAGCUCAGGCCCUCUUUGUUAUCUCUGACUCCUAUUCUACAAUCACAAAUGUUUUCAAGAAACACCAACAAGAAAAAGCAUCAAAUAUCCAAUCAGAUUGUCAGAUUGUUGUUAUUUUUUCUUGAACUGAUACUCAACAAGUUCAAUCAGGUACCACAAACUAUAAUGGUUAUAUUGGAGUACUUUUUAUUCAUGUCGUUGCUCUGUUCUCGAUUCUGAAAUAUAUUUUCCAAGUUUCCGUCUUUAUUGGAUAGGACAGCUGAAGAGGGACAGGAAUUCGGGGAGUAAAGAGCAGGAGGGGGUUGAAGCAAAGGUUUAAGGCCAAGAAUCAAAACAGCAGCUGCUGAAGGACGACUAAAGCCCAGGCCAUUGGUGCCCAAAACUGUAGUCUUUAGCGGAUAGUACACCGAGACCCAAGGAAGUCUACUGUGUGCAGAUGAGUAGUAGUAUUUCAAGCCUACUGUUGAAGGGAGAGAAGGUUCCUACCACCCAGACCCUGACUGGUAGAUGACCAGUAAGGAGCCUGAGAACUGAAAGCUCUACCACCCAGACCACUUUAUGAAACUUUGGGUAUGAUGAGCAGGCCUGCAGUGUUUUGGUAAUCUCUGCAUCGUUUUGAAACAAGGUGGGUUUGCAUUUGGUGAAAUAGGGCGUCCUUGACAUAUAUGCAGGAGACAAAGAACAAACCCUGAUCAAACAGAAGACCCAGAUCCUUACAGUGGUGUCUGACGUUUAGUUUCAAUUAGCUUCAUUGAGAAGUACAGUGUGGUGUCAUCUGCAUAACGGCUAAAUUUAUAGAGUUUUUCAUCAUGUUAUUAGUAAAUUUCCAGAGUCAUAAAACCAAACCUUGUGGAAAUCCAUAACUUUGCUGAAUCUAAUGGUCUGCCUCCCAUACUUCUGUUGGAAACUCUAGAUACCCUGUGCUGUCUGAUCUCGAACAGUUGUGGAGGGUUGUUUUGUUUCUAUGUCAAUUUUUUUGGUUCUUUCAGGAUGAAGCGAACAACUUUGCUGCUGGUCUUUGGAGUUGUCCUGAGCUUUUGUCAGGCUCAGGUAUGAUUAUAAGUUAACCUGAACAUUUCAGGUGUUGUUUUACAUUUCAAUGUCAAUGUUUCACAGUAUUUUUUAAUCCAAGUAUCAUCUAUCCAUAAAUCUGCAGAUCUUCUGACUUAACCCUCUUUUUCAGUCGGACAUAGGAAGUGAGGACACAGGCGGGGAGGAGGAACAUGUGGAGCUCUUCACCACCCCCAUGACCAAGAUGGGCGCCGCCACCUCAGAUUUUGGCUACAACCUGUUUCGUGCUCUGGCAAGCCGUGAAGCAACAUCCAACAUAUUCCUGGCCCCCAUCAGUGUGUCUGCCGUGCUAACACAACUAUCCAUGGGUGAGGACACAAACUCAGUCCAAUUAGGGGCUUUUGAAUAGCAUGACAUGUAUGGGCUCAUUAGCUAAAGUGGUUUGAAGUUACCAUGGUUGUGGUUCCCGUCUCCAGUAAACACUCCCAGGUAGUGAGCUUUAUCACUUGAUCAGUUUUGCUUCUGGUACAGCGUAAUUAUCUUAAUUCCUUUCACCAUUUGAACUCACACUUUAUUCUUUGCUUUAGGUUUUUCACUUUCGUCAUAACUGUUCAUUAUGUUGCUGCAUUUAGAGCUCUGUCUGGGCCUGAAAAACUAUCACGCUAAACUUUCCUCAAGCUAAUAUUUUAACUUACAAAGCAUCUUCUGGUUGCACACACUCAAAAAGAGGUCCUGCAGGGGUUGGAAAUAGAUCUCAGAAUUCACGAGUUGGGAUAAGUGAUGUGUGAAAAACAGCAAGAAAAGCCAAAACAUAAAGAUAUAAAUAUUUGACCUAUUAUCGCUUUCAUGUUCCAAGAGAAUAAAGUCAAAAUCACUCCAGAUAAAGUCAUCAGAUCAGCUCAUCUAACCAUAGCUUUCUGUCUGGUUAAAGGAUGUGACCAUGGUGGCUCAACAAACGUUGAUGCUUUAAUAUGGAACAGGGAGUCAUUAUAACUCCUUCAUACAGAGUAAGAUUAAUUUGAUGUUUCAUGUGUCUGAUCAAAGUCCAACCCUGAUCACAAUUAUACCUUCUCUACUCUACAGACCUAGCACUACCCUGUGGAAAUACGUGGUACUAACCUUUACACACAUUGUCCCAUCUGCUUCAAACUUUGCACACCCCACAGCAGGUCUACACAACAGCCUUUCUAUGAUAUUUUAGAGUUGAUAAUUGCUGGUUACUGCCUUGUGAAGCUUAUGUCCAGCCAAGCAGCCGGUCCAAAGAGUUUCCAGGUCAGAUCCAUGAACAUUCAGCUAAUCACUGGCCUGAUCAGUUUUUGGCUUUGGUGAUUACUUAGACUCCACAGAAUCCUCGGUUUUUAAACGUAAUCAUGCGUCACACUAAAAAUGAAAAUUUUAAUCCACAUAAAACAACCCUUUCUGUCCUGUAGGAGGGUCUGAGCGUGCUCAGAGGCAGCUGCACAGGGCCCUGAGGUACCACACCCUGCAGGACCCUCAGCUCCACAACACCCUGAAGGACCUGCUGGCUUCAGUCAAGUCACCUGGAAAAGGCCUGAGCACCGCUGCACGAAUCUACCUGGCACGACGUGAGUUUGCUCUGUAUGGAGAGGUCUCUGACUACUCAUCAACAGUGACUGAAAGCAAAAGGAGACUUCUGUGACAAAUACCCUAUCUUUUUUUUUAUCAAAACUCAAAAGCUGGAAAGGAAAAUCUUUUAGGGUGCGGGUAGUUUUCAAUAUUUGCACAUUACAACAUGGCUGAUAUGAAAUAGUCUGUUAGACCAAUCUGGAGUAUAAACUUCUGUAUCAACAUCAAACCUUCCUUUGCCUAAUUUGGUUCUUGUUUGCGUCUCAGGUAUUCGUGUGAAUCCGGAUUUCUUGACGCUCGUGGAGCAGCAGUAUGGAGUUCGUCCAAAGGCGCUGUCUGGAGGGCCAAGAGACACGAAAGAAGUCAACGACUGGGUGUCUCAGGAAACAGGCAGGAAGAUACAGCGUCUCCUGGCCAAGCCUCUUCCCAGGAGUCUCGGAGUGAACGCUGUGAGUGCAGCGUACUUUAAAGGUGUGUAAACUGACUCUUGUCCUUCCAGCAGCCAACGAGAAGCAGAUUCUCUUUAUUCAAGGUCAAUAUGAGGUUCAAGACUUGAAGAGAAAGAACGACAAAGAAUCAGAAUCAAAGCUCAGUUUCUGUCUGUUAUUAGGAAAGUGGGAGACCCGCUUCAGUCGGACUAAUGUGAUGGAGAACUUCCAAGUGGAAAACGGGCCGCCUGUUCAAGUUUCCACAAUGCAGCAGGACAACUACCCCGUAAAGAUGGGUGUUGACUCUGACCUGAGUUGUACGGUGAGAGUUCUCUUCUCUGAAUCAUUUCAUCGAUUUGUGACCAUCAGAUGACAACUAAUGUUCAGUCCAAACUUUUCUUUGAGUUCCCAUAUAUUGGCUCUGCUGACUAUCUUUAUGGUGCUGAGUUAGAGUCUUUAACUUUGCCAUCUUUUCUGGACCUUCUCACCUCCAGAUCACUCAGAUCCAGAUGCAGGACAGUGUCAGCAUGUUCAUCUUCCUCCCGGAUGAUGUGAACUCUAACAUGACUCUGGUGGAGGAGAGUCUGACCUCUGAGUUUGUCCAGGAUCUCUCCAUGACGCUCCUUCCCGCUGAGGUGUCGCUCACUCUCCCCGUCCUGAGGCUUAGCUAUUCCACGGACCUGUGCCCGCUGCUCGGUGAUGUGGGUGAGUACAAAUCCAAGUAGAAAUAAAUACUUGCUAUUCAACCAAGUUACCGUUUCACCACAACUUAAAGUGACUUUUUCGUAAGUCUUAAGUAACUGGAUAUGGAUAUGAACCGCACAAGCCAGUUCAUAAAAACUUUGGAUCCUGACCCAGGAUUUCCACUGCAUCCGGAACGGCUCUGAUCUGGAACGGCUCCAAUCCAGAGCAACAGCGAUUUUUCGCUGUACGCCAAUUCCUACCAAUCGCGAGAACUCACAAGAACCCACAGAUUCACGUGCAACCGCGCGAUAACAAGUUGUCUUUAGCCACAUAGCCAAAGAAAAUCUACUUCUAGACUUCUAGAAUCAGCAUCUCCUCAUCCAUGGUGUAAUCGGGGUGAAAUGACGUCUAAAAACCUUUCACUUGUUCGUCCCCGCUCGUUUACAUGGUGUGAAAUACGAUACGCCUAAAACAUGGAGUGUUUUAUUUUGAAAAGAAGCCAGAUGUUUUAUUUUGUGUCUGUGCCCGACUUCCUUUCAAGGACAGGCUAAUCUGUGCUGAAUUUAUCCGGCAUGCUCCCGCGUCCGGAAAAAAUAGAACUCUUGCGAUCGGCUGCGGAGUCCGGCGAUCCACAGCAGAACGGAAAGAAGCUGGUGGAAAUUGACACAUUAACUUGAGUUGUUACGAUCAGAUACGAUCGGCGGAUACGGCCUUUUCGUAGCCGUUCAGGAUACAGUGGAAGUUGGGGGUUAUCCUUCACCCUCCUUUGUCUCUUUCCUACUCCUUUUCCUGUUAUCACCACUGCCUCUUCUCCUCGGUUUAAACCUUCCUCCUCUUUUUGCAGGUCUCUCUGAAUGGCUCGACGACACAGACCUGGAAAAAAUCUCAUCUCAGGCUGUAAAACUCAGCACUGUCAAUCAUAAGGUCACCAUGGAGACAGCACCUGAGGGGAACCAGUACCCAAGUACGACUGACACGACGAGCCACCUGUCAUACCGAGUGGACCGACCCUUCCUGUACCUGAUCCGAGAUGAGACGUCAGGGGCGCUGCUCUUCAUUGGCAGGGUUAUCAACCCCAAAGAUUUGUCGAUGUAA